UAAAAGUCAAAGUCUCUCUGGUUCCUUCACUCUGUCCCUCGUUGUGACGCAGAUGCUUCCUCCGUGUUAAACUUUUGGUGUGGACUCUGCUAUGGAUCAGUGUGAGGACAGAGAGGAGGGAGACCCUCCCUCUGAAACCACUCUGUGUGGGAAACAUGACGGCCAGACCAAAGCUCAGAGGUGGAAGGUGGAAAAACCUGAACCCAGCUGUGUAUCCAUGAAGAGUGACUGGUCUAUGGGUCGUCCUAUAUCGUUCAAAGAUGAACACCACUCUGUUGAUCAAAGAGUGGACCAGGAGAGCUCAGAGGUUCCCGGUGGUCACUCUGCCCAGCAGCAUCAAACACACCUGGACUCCAUAUUUGUGCUGCUGGAGGAAAACAUCAUCACUUUUGUGAAGAACGAGCUGAAGAAGAUCCAGAAGGUUCUGUGUCCAGAUUACCCAAAAGGUUUAGAGAGUCAGAGGGAGGAUGAGGAGGUGUUAGAGGGUGAGGAUGAGGAGCAGAGGAGAAGAAGCAGAGAGGAGUUUCUGAAGAUCACACUUCACUUCUUGAGAAGAAUGAAGCAGGAGGAGCUGGCUGACUGUCUGCAGAGCAGAACUUGUGCUGCAGUGUGCCGACGUAAACUGAAGUCUAACCUGAAGGAGAAGUUCCAGUGUGUGUUUGAGGGGAUCUCUAAAGCAGGAAACCCAACCCUUCUGAAUCAAAUCUACACAGAGCUCUACAUCACAGAGGGAGAGACUGUAGAGGUCAAUGAGGAACAUGAGGUCAGACAGAUUGAAACAGCAUCCAGGAAACCAGACAGACCAGAAACAACAAUCAGACAAGAAGACAUCUUUAAAGCCUCACCUGGAAGAGAUGAACCAAUCAGAACAGUGCUGACAAAGGGAGUGGCUGGCAUUGGGAAAACAGUCUUAACACAGAAGUUCACUCUGGACUGGGCUGAAGACAAAACCAACCAGGACAUAAUGUUCACAUUUCCAUUCACUUUCAGAGAGCUGAAUGUGCUGAAAGAGAAAAAGUUCAGCUUGGUGGAACUUGUUCAUCACUUCUUUACUGAAACCAAAGAAGCAGGAAUCUGCAGGUUUGGAGAAUUCCCAGUUGUGUUGAUCUUUGAUGGUCUGGAUGAGUGUCGACUUCCUCUGGACUUCCACAACACACAGAUCCUGACUGAUGUCACAGAGUCCACCUCACUUGAUGUGCUGCUGACAAACCUCAUCAGGGGGAAACUGCUUCCCUCUGCUCGCCUCUGGAUAACCACACGACCUGCAGCAGCCAAUCAGAUCCCUGCUGACUGUGUUGGCAUGGUGACAGAGGUCAGAGGGUUCACUGACCCACAGAAGGAGGAGUACUUCAGGAAGAGAUUCAGAGAUGAGAAGCAGUCCAACAGAAUCAUCUCCCACAUCAAGACAUCACGAAGCCUCCACAUCAUGUGCCACAUCCCAGUCUUCUGCUGGAUCUCUGCUACAGUUCUGGAUCUGAUGAAAACCAGAGAGGGAGGAGAACUGCCCGAGACCCUGACUGAGAUGUACAUCCACUUCCUGGUGGUUCAGUCCAAAGUGAAGAACGUCAAGUAUGAUGGAGGAGCCGAGACAGAUCCACACUGGAAUCCAGAGAGCAGGAAGAUGAUUGAGUCUCUGGGAAAACUGGCUUUUGAUCAGCUGCAGAAAGGAAACCUGAUCUUCUAUGACUCAGACCUGACAGAGUGUGGCUUCGAUAUCAGAGCAGCCUCAGUGUACUCAGGAGUGUUCACACAGGUCUUUAGAGAGGAAAGAGGACUGUACCAGGACAGGGUGUUCUGCUUCGUCCAUCUGAGUGUUCAGGAGUUUCUGGCUGCUCUUCAUGUCCAUCUGACCUUCAUCAACUCUGGAGUCAAUCUGAUGGAAGAAGAACAACCAACCUCCAAUCCUAAACUAAAACAUCUCUACCAGAGUGCUGUGGACAAGGCCUUACAGAGUCCAAAUGGACACCUGGACUUGUUCCUCCGCUUCCUCCUGGGUCUUUCUCUGGAGACCAAUCAGGCUUUCCUCAGAGGUCUGCUGACACAGACAGGAAGUAGCUCACAGACCAAUCAGAAAACAGUCGAAUACAUCAAGAAGAAGAUCAGUGAGGAUCUGUCUCCAGAGAGAAGCAUCAACCUGUUCCACUGUCUGAAUGAACUGAAUGAUCAGUCUCUAGUGGAGGAGAUCCAAUGGUCCCUGAGAUCAGGAAGUCUCUCCACAGAUGAACUGUCUCCUGCUCAGUGGUCAGCUCUGGUCUUCAUCUUACUGUCAUUAGAAACAGAUCUGGACGUCUUUGACCUAAAGAAAUACUCUGCUUCAGAGGAGGCUCUUCUGAGGCUGCUGCCAGUGGUCAAAGCCUCCAACAAAGCUCUGCUGAGUGGCUGUAACCUCUCAGAGAGAAGCUGUGAAACUCUGUCCUCAGUCCUCAGCUCCCAGUCCUCUAGUCUGAGACACCUGGACCUGAGUAACAACGACCUGCAGGAUUCAGGAGUAAAGAGUUUUUCUGCUGGACUGAAGAGUCCACACUGCAGACUGGAAACUCUCAGUCUGUCAGGCUGUAUGAUCUCAGAGGAAGGCUGUGCUACUCUGGCCUCAGCUCUGAGCUCCAACCCUUCCCAUCUGAGAGAGCUGGACCUGAGCUACAAUCAUCCAGGAGACUCAGGAGAGAAGCUUCUGUCUGCUGGACUGAAGGAUCCACGUUGGAGACUGGAGACUCUCAGGAUGGACCAUGGUGGACUGCAGUGGUUGAGACCUGGUCUGAGGAAGUAUGUCUGUGAACUGGAACUGGACACAAACACAGUACACAGAAGACUCAAACUGUCUGACAACAACAGGAAGGUGACAUAUGUGGUUGAGGAUCAGUCAUAUCCUUAUCAUCCAGACAGAUUUGACUGGUGUCAGCUGCUGUGUAGAACUGGUCUGACUGGUCGCUGUUACUGGGAGGUCGAGUGGAGAGGAAGUGUUGAUAUAUCAGUGAGUUACAGAGGAAUCAGGAGGAGAGGAAACAGUGAAGACUGUGUGUUUGGAUGGAAUGAUCAGUCCUGGAGUCUGAACUGCUCUGAUAGUGGUUACUCUGUCUGCCACAAUAAGAGAAGAACAGACCUCUCCUCCUCCUCCUCCUCCUCCUCCUCCUCCUCCUCCUCCUCCUCCUCCUCCUCCUCCUCCUCCUCUGGUAGAGUAGCAGUGUAUGUGGACUGUCCUGCUGGCUCUCUGUCCUUCUACAGAGUCUCCUCUGACUCUCUGAUCCACCUCCACACCAUCAACACCACCUUCACUGAACCUCUUUAUCCUGGGUUUAGGUUCUGGCCAUAUGGUUCCUCAGUGUCUCUGUGUCCUCUGCAGGUCUGAGAGUCUCUCCUGUGGACAGAAACUCAGAAGAUCAGCUGCCAGAAAACGCUAAUAUGUGGUGACUUUUGUGUCUCUAUUAUUGUUAUUAUGAUGAUUAUAGGUUUGAUUGCCAAACGUUCCACACUUAAAUCAUGUGAAAGAUUUUAAGAGCUAAAAUAUCUGUGAACAAAGUGUCAGCAAAUCUAAAAGUUUUGUUUGUAAAUCUAAAAUUUGUGCUUGUUGUUUAAACUUUUGGACUCCAAAGCAAACUAAACUUUUGAAUUUGCAAACUAAUUUGAUUUUGAAUGACAUUAAUAAAUCAUAAUGUUUUUUACUUUCAAUUAAACAUUUUAAUUGAUUUGGUUGCAUAAUAAAGACACAAAAGUAAGCCCAUGCAUGAAGCAUGAAGCAUGAUAUGUACAUUAGCCUCUGAGUUUCUUUCUGUGAGGAGGCUCUGAGUGUCUGCAGGUUCAGAUGAGACCUUGUAGAUGUUCCACACUCUCAUGCAGAGAUUUUGCUCCGUAUGCAUCCUGCGUCAUUAAUGCAUUAACAUCUGCAAAGGAGGCAGUAAACUCUCUGUCCAUGCGUCCCAGGGAUACGCCUCAUUUUCCCCAUGUAAAACGACACAUUAUGAACAAUAAAAGGGUGUUAAAAUGACAGAAACAAGCAGAAAAACGGUCUCGCCACGUUAGUUUAGCAACGCCACCCACAACUCGCCAGUCAACACGGAUUUAAUUUCAACAAUCAAGAAUACUAACUUCAUAGUAGCAAUUAAAUGCCGUUUCCAUUGUACAAAGCUGUGUUCAGACGUCGACCAUGUUUAAACCUCUGGGGGACAUGUUGUAAUGAAAUAAAGAAAACACACUGCUGGCUGUGAUUUAAAAAAAAUAUAUAUAU